GCACCGCGCGCCUAGAGCGCGGCGUAGAGCAGCACCCACUGGAGAGAAGUCGGAGGCGAGGAUCGCGCCGUCCCACCCCGCCCAACAGCGUCCACGCCGCUCCCGCACCCUUACCCCUGCCGGCCCUUGCCGGGCGCGACCGGCGGCCAUGCAGCCCCGGGGCUGAGGCGGCCCCAUGGCGAAGCCCGCGUCCCCGCGGUCCGGGCAACGACGGCGCAUGGAGAACUUCCGUAAGGUGCGCUCGGAGGAGGCGCCGGUGGGGGGCGGGGCCGAGGGGGGCGGCGCGGGCCCCGGCCCUUUCGCGGACCUGGCGCCGGGAGCCGUGCACAUGCGGGUCAAAGAGGGCAGCAAGAUCCGGAACCUGCUGGCUUUCGCCACCGCCAGCAUGGCGCAGCCAGCCACACGCGCCAUCGUCUUCAGCGGCUGCGGUCGGGCCACCACCAAGACCGUCACGUGCGCAGAGAUUCUCAAGCGCCGCCUGGCGGGCCUGCAUCAGGUCACGCGGCUGCGCUACCGGAGCGUGCGCGAGGUGUGGCAGAGCCUCCCGCCGGGGCCCACACCGGGUCAGGAGCCUGGUGAGCCGGCCGCCAGUCUCAGUGUACUUAAGAACGUGCCCAGCCUCUCCAUCCUACUUUCCAAGGAUGCACUGGAUCCCUGCCAACCCGGCUAUCAGCCCCCGAACUCCCAUCCUGCACCCUCGUCCCAGCCAACUGCACCGACGUCCAAGAGGAGCCUAGGGGAACCCGCAGCUGGAGAAGGCUCUGCGAAGCGGUCACAACCUGAGCCAAGUGCUACGGAAGAGGACCAGACGGCCUGAGAACUCGUGGGUCUGGACCACCUACACCGGCUGGGUCUCACCCGCAGCGCCUCGACCUUGAGACAUAUCUCCAGCCUUUUACGCCUCGGUGCUCUGGACACAGCUCCUCAGACUGUCAGCGUGGAGCACAAGGCAACAAGAGAGGGACCCUAGGGAAGCUUCGUGGGUGGUUGCUUCUCUACUUGUGUUGCCUGAAGACGCAGAACUCCCACCUUCAGCUUUUCUGAGCCAUACUAGGACCUUCUUGGAGGGGGGGCGAAGGUGGGUAGUGGUGGGCAGUGGGACUCUUGAGCCUUGCUCAAGACCCCCAAGGGUUAAAGACAUCCAGUAUUCAUGCGGGGGGCUGGAGUGUGGAAGCCCGGGAAAGCUCUUGGAAACAUCUUCAUUGGUGGCUAAGGGCCAAGCGUGAGAAGGCAACUGCUGGAGGGCAGGGGAGUCUGAGUUGGGGGGGAGUGUAUUCUGCACGUCCCCUGGGACACCACUCCCUUCUAGUGUUCCUUACCCUGCUCUUAAGGAGCAUCCUGAGAUCAUACUGCAGGAGUGCCUCCAUGGAUGGACUCUAGCUCUUUUAAUACCGCACCCCCCCCCUUCCCCACUGGCCCAGAGGGAAAGACCCAGCACAGAAGUCUACGCCUACUCCCUGAAUCUCACAGCUGGAGUCCUGCUUCCAAUAAAACAAAAACAAAAAAUGGCUCUGGCCCCAGGUUUUUUCCUUAUCACUUAACCUAGGUGGAGGCUGUUUUGGCCUGCUCCCUUGUGUCUCAGUCCCCACCAGCCUGGAGUCCUUGGCCUUUGGAGUCUUCAGGGUCAGGCACAGAGACUGGAUCGCCUCAAAAUGGAGCAAGAGGUACAUUGUCCAGUUUCUGUCUUCUCCCUCUCCCAGCCUUCCCAGGCUGGCUCUAGCCUCAGGGGCUUGUGGCCAGAAGGGGGCCUUUGUCCCUUGAUGCAUUACCUCUGAGGGUUGGUGCAUUACCACAUUGCUUUUCUGAGAAGGGAAGGAAGGCAAGCACCAAUGAACUCUCCUGAGGGUCACUGCCAAGGGAAGCAUACCCCACUGGGUUCCCUAAACCCGCAGCCUCUUGCCAAUUGACAGCCUUAUCCAGAAAGCUGGCACAAAACCCCUCAUCGCCAUCGGUAGGAUCUCCCCUUCACUGCUCUCUCUCUCUCAGAAAGGACAGCACACCCUUGGGAGAGGGGGAGGAGUGAGGGUGAGGAGAAAGAAUGAGCACAAAUCCACUGCUGGAAAUUACUAUUCAGCAGAGAAGCUGGAACUUGGGCUGUGAAUCACUGCAGGCUCCCUGAUAAGCUGCUGCCUCCAGCCCUGCACAGCUGUCUGUUGAGAGAUAACAGCCUCAUAAGCCAUUCUGCCCAACUCAUAGUUGGGUGGGGGGAGGGGUGCUGUGUACAGCAGGUGAGGGUGGGGGCGGCACAGAGCUCCAGGAUCUCAGAAACAGACGCUACCACGUGCAACUCAACACCACCUCUGGAAAAGAGAUGGGGAGAAUGUAAGUCACUUCGCUGGCAGAAUCUUGAAUAAAUUCUUCCGGUGACAAGAGAGACAGACAUGCAGAGAGAAAAACAACAUCUGAAGACGUAGUCAAAGAUUGGAGUUACACAGCUGCAAGCCAAGGAAUGCUGAGGAUUGCCCGCAAACAAUAGAAGCUAAGAAAAAUGCAUGGAAGAUUCUUCCCCGGAUCCUUCAGAGAGAGCAUGGUCCUGCCGACAACUUGAUUUUGGACUUCUAGCUUCCAGAACUAUGAGAGAAUAAAUUUCUGUUGUUUCAAGUCA